UGGUUAUAAGCAUUCAAAUUUUCCACAAGUAUUUUAAUCGGAAUUGAGAAGAACAUAUAUUGUCACAAGUGUGUUUAGUAAUGGACCACCAAUGUUAGAAGAAAGUCGCGGAACAUUUCAUGUCACCAUAGAAAAUGUUGCCGUUCGUUUUUACCAAAAUUUGUACGCGUUUCCAACGACAUUAUAAUGGAACAAAUAAUUAUCGAUUAUUUUCGAUAAGUCCGGUUUUUCUUGACGAAAAGAAACAAACGAAAAUGGAAGCGAAACAAAAGGAAAUGAUGGCGCGCGGCCUCCCAAAACAGAAACCUUUGAAAGGUGUUAAACAAAUUGUUAUUGUAGCAUCGGGAAAAGGCGGAGUUGGUAAAUCUACAGUUGCUGUAAAUUUAUCAACCGCCUUGAAAGUUCUUGAACCCAAAAAAUCUGUCGGCUUACUUGAUGCUGAUGUGUUUGGACCAUCAGUACCCCUGAUGAUGAACUUAAAACAGUCCCCUGUAGUUAAUGAUGCAAAUGUUAUAGAACCACUUAUAAAUUAUGGCGUGAAGUGCAUGUCUAUGGGUUUUCUAAUCAAUGAUAAAUCUCCAGUAAUUUGGAGAGGAUUAAUGGUAAUGAGCGCACUUGAGAAAUUAUUACGUCAAGUAGCAUGGAAUCCUUUGGAUUAUCUAAUCAUAGAUACUCCACCUGGAACAGGAGACACACAUCUUUCCAUCAUACAAAAUCUACCAGUUACUGGUGCAUUAUUAGUAACUACACCUCAAAAAGCAGCUUUGGAGGUAACAACAAGAGGAGCAAACAUGUUUAAACGUUUGAACAUUCCUAUUAUUGGAAUUGUAGAAAAUAUGAGCAAUGUUAUAUGCCCCAAGUGUAACAAUAAAAUAACUCUUUAUGGUAAUGGGACAGGAACAGUUGCUCAAGAACUUGGUGUGCAAAUUUUACAAACUAUUCCCUUAUCAGAGGAUAUUGUGAAAAGUUGUGACACUGGUAAACCAAUUGUAUUGUCUGCACCAGAAAGUACACAAGCUUCUGCAUACAGAAGUUUGGCAGAACAUAUAAUUAAAUUUUUAGCCAAUCAACCAUUCAAUCAAGAAUAGCUAUUAGGAAA